GCGGUUAAGCUUAAACCCCAGUGCGGCGCUUUAGGGUUUUGAUUGGGGCUUUGGGCUGACUUCUGCUGUGUAGCAGUUCCUCUCUUUUUGAUUUCUAAGAAUCACAAAUCUCAUUCCCCUCUUUUGAUUUUCAAGGAACAGGAUGGCGAGCUCGAUAGCUUCGCAGUUGCAGGCGAUUAAAUCGUUUAUUCAAACCGACAGUGAACCUCAGAAGCGACCUUUCACUCGCCCUUCCGUUUUAUUCAACCCUAAAGAGGCUGCCGACAUCGAUAUCGACACCAUUCUAAACAUUGGAUUGUCAGGGCUAGAGAUUCUAGUAGGCCUCGACGAAAGGUUUAGAAACUACAAGAAUGAUUUGUUCAGUCUCAAGAGUAAGGAAUUGGAUAGAGAAUUGAUGGGAGUGGAUGAUAAUAACCGACUUAAUUCCUCGAUAAGUUUGUAUUUGCGGUUACUAUCCGGACAUCUUCAGCUUCCUGCAUCUCUUAAAACACUCGAGUACUUGAUACGUCAAUAUAAGAUUCAUGUUUACAACAUUGAGGAUUUGGUUUUGUGUGUGCUUCCAUACCAUGACACACAUGCUUUUGUUCGUAUAAUUCAGUUAAUCAACUCAGGGAAUAGUAGAUGGAAGUUUUUGGAUGGUGUUAAAGCAUCCGGUGCACCACCUCCCAGGUCUGUUAUUGUGCAACAAUGCAUUCGGGAUAUGGGAGUUUUGGAGGCCUUGUGCAGCUAUGCAUCUCCAACAAAGAAAUUUCAGGCAUCAAGACCAGUGGUUAGCUUUUGCACUGCAGUUAUUGUUGAAGUUUUGGGUUGUGUCUCAACCAUUGACAGUGAUGUUGUGAAGAGAAUCCAUCCAUUUGUAGAUUCUGGUCUUCGAACUGGUAAAAAAGGAGGUUCUGAUCACAAGGCUGGGGCUUUGAUGAUUGUUGGAUUACUAGCAAAUAAAGUGGCAUUGUCUCCCAAGCUUGUGAAUAGUUUGAUUCGAACAGUCACUGAGGUUGCUAGGGAAGAUGUAAAGGAGUCUACUGAUUUGCAAUGGUUUCGGUUGUCCCUUAUGGCUUUGAUAAAUCUUGUUCAGUCACAGUCUGUUGACAUAUUCCCAAAGAAGGCCUUGGAAAUUUUGAGGGAUAUCAGGGAUAUUGGCGCGGUUCUUUUGGAACUAUCUGAAGAGUUUAAUAUUGAUAGAUUCAUUGCCAUACUGUUGGAAGCUCUGAUUAAUCAAAGUUCUUAUGAUGACUCAUAUCAUCCUGCUUUAAUAUCAGUCAUAGAAACAGUUCCUUUGAGGAAUUUAGUGGAUCAUAUUGUCUUGAAGAUUCUACUAACAUGCAUGAAAUUAUCUGAGGGUGAUGGAAAAAUGGCAACUUCUGAAUCAGUAACCUGGGUCAAGAAUGUUUUAGCCGCUGUCAAUAAGAAUUAUCCAUCACAUUUUCGAGUUUCUGUUAGCAAGUUCCUAAAGGACGCCAAAGUACAAUCCAAGAAAGAAGACACCGUGUGUGAGUUAUUGAGUAAAAUUUUGGAUGGGAAUUUGGAUUUAUCAUCAGCCUUUUCAGAGUCCAAAAUAUGGUUUGCAUCACACCAUCCUAAGCCCGAGGUUCGGCGUGCUACAUUUUCGGGGCUUGACCGAUCUGCUAUUCUUAAAAUCAAGUCUCUUGAUGCACAGAGGUUCAUGGCUAUUAGAGAUGCCAUAUUUUGCCAGCUUUGUGAUGAUGAUUUAACUGUGGUUCGUGCUGGUCUGUCUGUGGAUGGAUUGACUGAAAUAAUUAGUCCUUCAGAUCUUCUCGAAGCAUUACGUGAUGUGCUUAAGAGAUGUCUAAGUUUUCUGACAUCAGGUUCAUCAGUCAAUUCUACUUUGUCUUGUGAUGUUGCUGUUUCAUUCCUAGAGAUUGCCGUGUUCAGCUUCCAUGAUGAGAUAGAUUAUUUAAAAGAAGUUGCUUCCAUGAUAUUCUCAUUACUACUUAUUCUGCCAGAGACUCAUAGGUUGAGCUUAAGGGUUUUGGAUUUGGCCAAGAAAAUAAAUUGGCCAUUUUUCCGGACUCUCGCAGCUGCAUCUGGGAAGGAAGUUUUGCAGAAGUUGCUCUCUGGAUCAUCAGUUGAUGUGGAGGCUGUCGGCAGGUUUGAAAGAAAAAUGCAGAAGCGUGGAAGUGUGUCUACAGUUAAUAUGGAAAUUGUUAGAAGUUUAUCGGAGGAGUUCUUGGUGCAACCUAAUGAGUAUAUGCCUUGGCUUAUCAGAAGUUGCAAUAGCUUUAAAUCGUCAAAGACUCUUCUCUUUUUGGUUCUGAUGGAGUCAUUUUCUAUGUCAAUGAAGAGUGGCAACUUUUUGGUACUCUUCGAUUCUUGCUUUCCAGUUCUGAAGUCCGAGUGGGAAGCUAUUGGCUCUAUUGUUGGCAUUUCUCUACAAGAGUUCAAUGAAGAGAUGCUUGAUUGGGAUUGCAGAAAGUUGCUAGAUCAGCUAUUUGAUGCUGAUAUUGAUACUCUAAAUAAAAAUAUUCUUACAUGCGUAUUCUGGAGGUUACUUGAUUCAGCAGUCAAUGCUGAAGUCUUUUUGGAUGAUAGUGAGGAAAGCAUAACCCGAGUUCAGGAUUUCUUCAUCUUUUUGUCGGGUUCUAGUUUGAAGAAUGCAUUCAAGAAGCACCUCCAACAACUUGUUGAGAAGCAUCUGCAUGACUUUCUUAGAAAGUGCAAAGUUUCACCAGUUCGAUUUCUGUCUAGGUUUUAUACAGCCGAAGAAGUUCCUGCUGCAGUUCAAGUAGAGAGCCUUCAUUGUUUCUCAUUUCUUUGUUCUCAGCUAAAUGAUAGAUUACCAUUUGAACUUUUGGCUGAAUUUCCCUCACUUCUUCUUCCACUCGCCAGCAACAAUAAGGCUGCUAAGAUUGCUGCCAUGGACUGUGUUGAAAAGCUUUAUAAAUUGUGGUGUCAAGUGGACUUCUCCUGCAAGAAAAAUGGGAACACUGCAGUUUGGAGCCAUUUUCUUGAUGAACUUUUGGGCUUGAUGGUUCAGCAAAAGAGGCUUAUACUGUCAGACAAAAGUUUUCUCCCUUCUUUUUUGACAUGUUUGCUUAGCUCGUCUUCCGACAGCAUUGAGCAGAGAUUUAAUCAAUCUACCAGGGAGAAGAUUCUUGCUUUCAUAUUGAAUACUGCUCUAAACCAUUCUGAAUCUGGAAAGCUAAAGGUUUUAUCAUUGCUCCAAGGAUUAGGCAAUGCGAUUCUUCAUGUUAAAGAGGUUGAGUCAUUAUUGUCUCUACUUCUUAGAAAGCGAAGCCAAUGCUAUUUUGACCUAGAAAACUCGUCACACAAAUUGUCAGAAACUGAAAUUAGAAUUCUGUGCUUGCUUUUGGAGAUGUGUUUUAUGCCCCAGCAUCCCGGUGGACAGUUUUCUGAACAUGUAUUCAAGGCAUUGCAGUUGGACUCUAAGUCUCCAGAAGACCCUGCCACAGUAGAACCCUGUGUUACUGUUUUACGGAAGCUCAGAAGUCAAUUCUACAUUGGCUUGACAAAUGAGGCACAGGGUCAUAUGUUCCGGCAACUAGUACUUUUGUUUCGCAACAAUAAUGGUGAUAUUCAGAGUGCAACCAGAGAUGCAUUGCUGCGUUUAACUGUUUGUUCUUCUCUCUUCUCUUUGCAUUUCACUUUCCUUUCUCUCUUGAUGAAUCAUAAAAUUACUUCAUGA